UUCAUAACAUACAAUAUGACGAGAGAUGCUCCCACUAUUUCCAUUUCAGUUUUUAAGAUGAUGAAACUCGUGAUCCUCGCCCUGGCCUGCCUGAGUCUGGCAAGUGCUGGCAUCAUCAAGCCUUCAUACGGCUACGGUUACGGAGGAUAUGGCGGAGGAUAUGGAGGAUAUGGCGGAGGAUAUGGAGGCAUGGGCGGCUAUAGAGGAGGAUUUGGAGGCAUUGGCGGCUUUGGAGGCAUGGGAGGAUUCGGAGGCAUGGGAGGUUUCGGAGGCUGGGGUGGUAUGGGCGGCGGCUGGGGCGGUAUGGGCGGCGGCCGGGGCGGCAUGGGCGGCGGCCGGGGCGGUAUGGGCGGCGGAUACGGAUACGGCAAGAAGAUGUACUAUUAGAUCUAUGCUAGAACGUUCGAUUGCGAAUAACAUGGAAAGCUCGUGCUACUAGACACAAGACGGAUCUCACCUAACUCACCUAGAAAUUAAAAUUUGCAUUUUUAA